AUGCCUGAACCCACGCCGCUACCUGCUCCACUACUUCUGGAGUUGCUUGUUCCACAAACCGAGACCUUCCUGGUAGAGGGACUCUACAUAGGCCUAUUGUCGCGACACCGGCCCCCAACCGAGGUGCGAGAAUGGUUCGACGACAAACAUGUUCGUGAAAUGCUUCAUACACACGUCAAACGAAAGAACAAGAGUCCAGACUACCUGACGGCCAUCAUUUUGUGUAUGGCCGGUCUGCUCGAGGGAACUCAGGUCCGGUUGACACCAACUAUCUGGAUUUCGACCGGUGACACGAGGUCGAAAAGUAGCAUCAAGAACUCAAUCAGCAAUGCAACCUACCUCAACAAGUUCCUGGCGAAGUUUCAGAUGAGAGAACCUCAUGUUACCGCAGCAUCGGAUGGCAGUACCUUCCAGUGUUACUCCACUAUUGGUGGCUUGAUCCUUGUGGAUGAUGACCUUUUCGCCAUCACAACUGCUCACGCUAUCACAAAGCAUGGAAUCCCGGACCCUCGGCACGUGGUCAUGGACGAAACAGAUGACCCCCUUAUACUGAGAGGUUCGCAUCUGCGCGAAUGGGUGCCCUCACCAUUCCCAAACACUUUCGCAUAUUUAGGCGACGCGUAUGUCCGUGGCACCAAAGUUGACAAGCCUGUUGUUGAUGCUGCAGACUUUGCUCUCGUCGAACCGCAAUCGUUCCCAAAGCUAGGUAACAGAUACCAGGUUGAGGGUUGGUCGGAUUUCGAAACAGUCUCAGGUCAUACACCAACCGCUGAACUCUCUUCCGGAGAUGUAACGAUUUGUACAAAUGACUACAGGGUCCCGAUGAAGGGCUAUAUGGUAGAAGGCGAUGCUCCCAUCAUUGUGGGAGGUGUUAUGAUGCUUACAAGGAUGAUAGAAGUGACUAUGCCGGCGGCCCCUGGCUUAUCGGGCUCUUGGGUAGUUCGAGGAGAGGAGCUGUGUGGCGUUGUAUAUGCAGGCAAUGCCUCAAUUCCAUACCUUUACAUUAUUCCAGCCGAAACCAUGCUGGAGAACGUAAAAAAGUUGCUUGGAUCUGGUACCGUAAGAGUCGCGACUACCCAGAAUAUAUCUGAGUGGAAGCUUCGACAUACACCCGACAUUCAUACCUGGAAGUCUUUGGCUGAUGAGUCGCCCUCGCCACAUGUUGAGACCAAAGCGCCUCAACCGCUAGAAGAUACAUCUUUCUAUGAGAUGUAUCAAGUGGGAACCAUGGUUCGAAUCAAAUCUUUUUUCGCUGACCUUACUGUUGAAUCGCAAGAGAUGUAUACUGUUUGGGAUGCUUCUAGAGAUCGACAAGGCAACGCACAAUAUACGCUUCAAAAGUCCGACGGAAGUCUGGUGGAUGGAGGAAGAGAAUACAGUAGAAACGAACUGACAUUUGUUGUCACACUUGAGCGCGCCAUCAACGUCUCACUUCCAUACACCCGCGAGCUACACUCCUCAGCAACAAUGUACAACCACCCUGACACCCAGCAAAUUCUUACCCGCCUCGUCAACGAUGGUACUCCUCAAGAGAUUGCCGAAGAAGGCCUUCGCAUCUGUCGCGUCAAUGCUGAUCUGCGCGCUGAGUUGGACCUGACCAGGAGGCAUGCUGCAGCUGCGACUGCUGCACUUGCUCGCAGUGGUCCUGCGCUUGCACAACGUGGUGCUGUCUCCGCCUCCAUGGCCGCUUCCACAUCAUCUACUGCUGGUACCAUUCCUAUCCUCAAGAGCAACACUGCAGUCCCCACCUCCACCAUCCCCGCCACCCCUCCUCAAGGCCAGCCUCGGGCUAUCAAGGCGCUGAAGAACAAGAUCGCAGUAAUGGAAGAUGCUCUCGCUGAGAUGCGGAACGAAGCGCCGAAGAUGCGCGAGUGCAUGGCGUGGAUGUGGGACAUCAUUGGCAAGGAGCGCAUAAAUCACGUUCCAAAGCAGUUGAAGGAUAUGUACCAUGAAACGAUGGUCGUGGACUUGGUGGAUUGGCAGCCAAACGGUAGGGUGAAAGGUGGGAAGGGUAAGGAUGACUUGAAGAAUACAAAGGGUAAAGAGGAGGUCAAGGUCAAGAAGGAGAGGGCGUCUGCUGCCGACAAUGUUCUUGCAGGUGUCAAGCGAAGGGGCGUAUCGCCUCUUGGUAAAGAUGCUAAGAAGAUCAAGUUUGAGCAGAGGGAAGUCUAA